AUGAAGGCAUCACCAUUCAUUGUCCUGUUAACUGAAACUGUAAGACUGAGGGUCUUCAACUCAGCAGAGAUGCUUGAAGGUGCAGAGCACCUUGUUUCAUUUGUUAAACAUGAAAGGCGUUGCCAAGUUUGCAGUGUCCCAGGAAGCACGAAACGGACCCAGUUUGUUUGUGAAGGGUGCGAGGGCAUGCCACAUCUCCACCCAAAAUCUUGUUUCAAGAUUUGCCACACAGCAAAUUGUGUAUAUUGUAAAUAUAAGUGGACAGAACUGGAGAAAUGUUCCCUAUGUGAUAAGUUGUGUUUUAAAAAAAUUGUACACUUACACUUUUAA